AUGCAAGAGGAGCAACAGCCGGAGGCUGCUGCAGAUCCAAUGUCCUCCUCUGAUGCACCAGAAGAUGGCCCAAAGGAAACAUCAAGUGUAUCGCAGAAUAUCUCUGAUGCAGAUGCGUUUAAAAUUCUCCUGGAGAUGAAGAUGAAGAAGAGGCAGAAAAAGCCUAGCUUACCAAGCACUGUGACUGAGCUUGACACUGAGGAUGGUUCUAAAGUGUAUGUGGUUGGAACAGCCCACUUCAGUGACAGCAGCAAAAAGGAUGUAGUGAAGACAAUACAAGAGGUGCAACCUGAUGUAGUUGUGGUGGAACUGUGUCAAUACAGAGUUUCUAUGUUAAAGAUGGAUGAAAAGACAUUACUCAAAGAAGCCAAAGAAAUAAAUCUGGAAAAACUUCAACAAGCUAUAAAGCAGAAUGGAGUCAUGUCUGGAUUGAUGCAAAUGCUGCUUCUGAAGGUUUCUGCUCACAUCACAGAACAGCUGGGAAUGGCCCCAGGAGGAGAGUUCCGUGAGGCUUUCAAAGAG